AGUCGCAUCUCGCUGGAAAAAAAGACACACGCGAAAAAUCGAAUUCGAUUUUUUCCCGUCGAUCUCGAUCCCGCGGACGCGCGUCCCCGCGCCCCUUCGACUCGGCGAAUCGGCGAGGUGGCAUCGCCUCCAUUCGACCGCCCAGAGGAACGCCAUUGUGAACCAUACCGACUGUACGGCACGAACCGUGUGUCCCCGACCUCGACCGUGACUGGGAAGAACCAACGAUUAAAAUGGCAAACGAGCCUGAUAUGCCCACCUUCAAGUGUGUGCUGGUCGGCGACGGCGGUACUGGCAAGACCACCUUCGUCAAACGGCACUUGACCGGCGAAUUCGAGAAGAAGUACGUCGCCACUCUGGGUGUCGAGGUCCACCCGCUGAUCUUCCACACCAAUCGCGGACCGAUCCGCUUCAACGUCUGGGACACGGCCGGUCAGGAGAAGUUCGGCGGCCUUCGCGACGGCUACUACAUUCAGGGACAGUGCGCCGUUAUCAUGUUUGACGUUACAUCCAGGGUGACAUACAAAAAUGUACCCAACUGGCACAGAGAUCUGGUCCGCGUCUGCGAAAACAUCCCGAUUGUUCUUUGCGGUAACAAAGUUGACAUCAAGGACAGAAAAGUUAAGGCCAAGAGCAUCGUGUUCCAUAGAAAGAAGAAUCUACAGUACUAUGAUAUUAGCGCGAAGAGUAAUUACAACUUUGAGAAGCCCUUCCUGUGGUUGGCACGCAAGUUGAUUGGAGAUCCAAACCUGGAAUUCGUCGCUAUGCCUGCGCUGCUGCCGCCGGAGGUCACUAUGGAUCCACAAUGGCAGCAACAAAUCGAGAAAGAUCUCAAGGAGGCUCAAGAAACAGCUUUACCAGAGGACGACGAAGAUCUUUAGUUUAUUUAACACUGGGAAUGGCCUUUACAGAGAGUAAGGCCUAUUACGCGGGUGCUCCUUGGUUGUAUCGCGCACUCGUACAUCAUAGAAAUCGAAGAUUCUUUCUUUGAGAAAAAAAAAUACCUUACCCGCAAUAUUUAGUUGGAUGCUUUUAUGCUGGACACAUAACUUCUGUGAACUUGCAUGUUAUAGCCUUAAAGAUGGGUCGCUUGAAUGCGUUGCAAUGCGGUAUGCACAACAUGUGUGUGAUUGUGUAUAUGUGAUUUGCACUUGAAUGCCUAGAUUUUGUAAAAUUCUUAUGUAAUGAUGGUGAUAUAUUAUCACGUAAAUUUGUGAACUAGAAACGGAAUAAAGUAAUGGCGAAACUGAGGAAACGACUUGUGAUACGAGUUCAUGGAACAUAGCCUGCUGAAGCUGAUACGACGCUAAUACAAAACAACCGAGAGAAAUUCACUGCAUUUUCUGAUUCGCUCGUUUGUAUAGAUGUGCGUGCGUGCGUGUGUAUGUACAUAUAUACAUAAGAAAUGGAAUUGUGUAAGGCGUGCUGUAUGUUAAACACAAUCGCGCUAACCCACUUUAAGGCGUAUCAAAAGUAGCAUUAUCCUUUUUUUUAUUUUCAUUUUAUUUUUGUACUUCCUAACAGAAAUAGAGUAAAAACUGCCAAUUCUGAAAAAGGUACAGCAAAACUGCUAUCAGGUUCAGACGAGUAGAACUGCACUGGCACCAAAUCCAAGUCGUUCUCUUCAUAAGUCACAGUACAUAUUAGCGAUUGGCCGUUCAAUCAACCGCUAGAAACGAGACGCUCGGUGCAAGUCACUUCAAUCUUGUUACAACAGAACAGGAUAACAUGUUUGCUCUCGAUUGAACACAGGUGUAUACAGUAGAUCAACAUGCAAUGGAUUAAUUUACAAGAAAGAAUCUUACGAUACAUACAAAAUUUAAUAUUAGAAGUUACUGUUUGCAUACUUAAGUAUGAACAGCGGAGUAAAACUGGACUGAAGUAUCAUUAAAAAAAAACUAACUUAUGCCAUAUAUACACUUUCUUGAUAAAACUGCUUAAGAAACUUACUAGUGUGUGAAUUGAAAAGUACGAAUGUUGAGAGAGCGACCAUCUUUCGUGAGUAUAAGCGUCUCCCGUGGUGUAGUCUUCUAUAUUUUAAUGAAAAGAAUGAUUCGAGAUUGAAGUGAAACAGAUUCGUAGCCUGUUGCGUCUGUCCGUUUCGACGAGGACUGUUUGCUAUUUUUAUAAGCAAAAGAUGAAUGUAUGAUUUGUUCAACUUAAAUUAUAUGAACAGUGGUUUUUUUUCUACGCAAGAAAAUCCGUUCUGUUAGAAGUAUGCGAAACUGUUAAUCUUUCCCUUUGAAAUCCUCGUUCCUAUUAACUUGAGAAAUCCAAUAGAGAAAAGUACGUCACGUGUAAAUUACACCGCUGAAUAUCUAACAUAGAAAGGAACUAGGAAUGACACACUGCAACAUGUACAUUUAAUUCUUGUAUACCUCUAAUAGUGUUUCAUUGUUCUGCUUGAAACAGAUUGUAUCAGCUGAUGUAUGAACUUUAAUAAAUUAUCAAACUGUUUUUAAAGCUA